AUGGUCUCUCACCCUUUGACAGCCUUGUCCAAGGACGAGUUCAUUGGAGCGCGGGACAUUGUGACCCGCCUCUAUGCCUCAGAUUGUUCUCUCUUCUUCCGAGCAAUCUUCCUGCAGGAACCCAAGAAAGCUGAGUUGGUACCAUUCCUCCAAGCAGAGCAUGCUCGUGUUGUCACGGACGAAACGCCCCGGCCCCCGCGCCGGGCGAGGCUUCAAUACGAUGUCAUCAAGCCUGGCAGUAUACCCGAGUACACCCAGUCCGUCGUGGAUUUGAAGUCAAAGAAGGAAGUCGAGAGGACUGUCGCGAAGCCACGCAGUCAGACCGCCUACCUUCCUGACGAAUUCGCGCUUUUCCAAGACAACUGCUUGGCGUCCCAGCUCUUCAAAGAUGCCAUGGCCGAGUUCUCGCUCCCGGAGAACUUCACAGUCACGAUAGACCCUUGGCCGUACGGAGGUCCUGACGAAGGCGAGGAGGACAUUCCCCGCUACAUGCAAGGCCUUGUCUUUGCGCGGGACGUCUCCAAAGGCAAUCUCGAUUCAAACCACUACGGCUACCCGAUCCCCAUUAUCCCCGUCAUGAACUUCGUCACCAAGGAGAUCGUCCGCGUCGACCGCCUCGCCACGGGCGGCGCAGACGAUGGCCUCGACCCCCACCCGCCAUCAUCCAAACCGAAGCCCCUCUUCACCAACACCCAGUCUUCCUCCGCCGAAUACGUUCCCGAGCUUCUCGACAUCCCGCAGCGCGCGGACCUGAAACCCAUCAACAUCACCCAGCCCGAGGGCGCCUCCUUCAGGAUACAUGCCGACAACCUCGUCGAGUGGCAAAAGUGGCGGUUCCGCCUCGGCUUUACCCCGCGCGAGGGUGCCGUCCUCCAUGACCUCUGCUACGACGGCCGCCCCGUGCUCUACCGCUUGAGCUACAGCGAGCUGACGGUGCCGUACAGCGACCCGCGCCCGCCGUUCCAACGCAAGCAGGCCUUCGACUUGGGUGACGGCGGGUUCGGGCGGGUCGCCAACAACCUCGAGCUCGGGUGCGACUGCCUUGGCGCGAUCCACUACCUCGACGCGCUGCUGACAGACACGGACGGUAACCCGACUCUGGCCAACGCGGUGGUAUGUCUCCACGAGCAGGACAACGGCAUCGGGUGGAAGCACACCAACUUCCGGACGAACCGCGCCGUCGUCACCCGGCUACGCGAGUUCGUCGUGCAGUGCGUCGUCACGCUGGCCAACUACGAGUACGUAUUCGCGUACAAGAUCGACACGGCUGGCGGCAUCACGCUCGAGACGCGGGCCACGGGCAUCAUGAGCGUUGUGGCCAUAGAUGAGGGCAAGACCGAGUCCCCGUACGGCGCCGUCGUGGCCCCCGGCGUGCUGGCGCAGAACCACCAGCACAUCUUCGCCGUGAGGAUCGACCCGGCCGUUGACUCGUACGGGGAGAGCGACACGCGGGUCGUGGUAGAGGAGAGCGUGCCGGUCCCGAUGAACGCGGCGACGAACCCACAUGGGAACUACUACGAGAUCAGGAAGCGCGUGGUGGGCAGGGCGGGUUGGAUCGACGCGGAGCCGCGGCUGAACCGGGUGGUCAAGCUCGAGAACACGACAAAGAGAAACCCGGUGUCCGGGCGUAACGUCGGCUUCAAGCUCACGCCGUCAGCGUCCCAGCUGAUAUUGGCGGACGAGGAGAGCCAGGUGUCCAAGAGGGCCAAGUUCGCGAGGCACCACGUCUGGGUCACCGGGUACCGAGACGACGAGUUCUGGGCCGCGGGAGAGUACACGAACCAGAGCACAGAGGAGAUCGGCGGGGUGUGGGAUAUGGUCGCCAGGGGAGAUUGGUUCGUUGACGGUGAUGGAGCGAGUGGCAAUGGGAACACGGGCUCGGACGAGGGGAGGAAGAGCAGCCCCGUGAUUUGGAGCGUCUUUGGGUUGACGCAUAACCCACGCGUUGAAGAUUGGCCUGUGAUGCCAGUCGAGAUUCAUCACAUGAACAUCCGUCCCGCCGACUUCUUCACCGCAAACCCGGCGCUCGACAUGCCGGGCAGUAAGAACAAGGAGAGCGUCAUCGUCCCGUGCUGCGGACAGCGGGAUGGUCCAGAGAACGGCCCGAACGGCACGAACGGGCUCGAAGGGGGUAACCAAGGGGUCCAGAAAGCGGCAUUGACGCAUCUACAAGGUCCGGGACCAGAUAUCCCUGCUGAGAAGGCUGGAGCUCACGUUCGGGAGAGAGAGUAA